ACGAAUGUAAUAGCAUAUAAUCCGCUGCAAACGGAUCCGAGAAAAUUAUUUGCAAUUUGCAAGCGAUACAGACCAGUUGCUUUUUAUAAAACUUUUAAAGUAUUGAAACAUUCUUUUAUAAUUUCGAGAAAGUGUUAAAUAUUGUAGUGGGAUUGAAUUGAACAAAGUAAAUUUAAUUGUAAAGUUGCGUAGUCGGCUUGACGAGGCAUACGAAAGGCAGCAAACAAUUGCCAUAAAUCCAGUAGUACUGUGCUCGCAACAAUUGGCCAAUUGGGAAAAAACAAUCAGCAAGCGAAAAAAGAUUUACCGCCAAAAUGCGCGCAGUAUUGAUUUUUGUGGCGUUGUUCGCCUAUGCUAGUGCGGUUUCGUUCAGCGAUCUUGUGAAAGAAGAAUGGUUUGCCUACAAAAUGGAACACAAGAAGCGUUACUCCAAUGAAGUAGAAGAACGUUUCCGUUUGAAAAUUUUCAAUGAGAACAAAUUGAAGAUUGCCAAACAUAAUCAGCUAUUCGCUGCGGGCAAAGUUUCAUUUAAAAUGGGCCUUAACAAGUAUACUGAUAUGUUACAUACUGAAUUCCGUGAAACAAUGAAUGGCUUCAACAACACACUAAGAAAGCAACUACGUAGCACCAACAGAAAGUUGACCGGCGCCACUUUCAUUGCACCAGCACACGUUACUGUGCCAACCUCAGUGGACUGGCGUUCGCACGGUGCAGUUACCGAUGUAAAGGAUCAAGGUCACUGUGGUUCGUGCUGGGCUUUCUCCACUACGGGCGCACUUGAGGGACAGCAUUUCCGCAAAACCAAUGCACUAGUCUCGCUGUCCGAGCAAAAUUUGGUCGAUUGUUCGAGUAAAUAUGGCAACAAUGGUUGCAACGGUGGUCUCAUGGAUAACGCAUUCCGUUAUAUUAAGGAUAACGGCGGUAUUGAUACAGAGAAAUCGUAUCCAUAUGAGGGUAUUGAUGAUUCCUGCCAUUACAAUCCAUCUACCAUCGGUGCCACUGAUCGCGGUUUUGUCGACAUACCAGCCGGCGAUGAGGAGAAAAUGAUGCAAGCUGUUGCCACAAUCGGUCCAGUCGCCGUCGCUAUCGAUGCAUCACACGAAUCAUUCCAAUUUUAUUCCGAUGGUGUCUAUGUUGAGCCACUUUGUGAUGCAGAGCAAUUGGAUCAUGGCGUGUUGGUUGUUGGUUAUGGCACUGAUCCCAGCGGACAAGACUACUGGCUGGUAAAGAACUCUUGGGGCACCACUUGGGGUGAUAAGGGUUAUAUUAAGAUGGCGCGCAACAAGCAAAAUCAAUGUGGUAUUGCCUCGGCCUCCAGCUACCCACUUGUUUAGAGAGUGUAAGCUGCUUACCAAACACAACAGUCGUAAAUAUUGCAAGCAAAUACAUAGGAUUUAAAAUACGCAAAUUAAUAUUUUUUAUAAACUACAGUGAAUUUCUUAACUUCGAAAAGAAGCGUAUAUGAUUUUUGAUUUUGUUUGUAUUAUUUGUAUUUUAUUCGUUAUAAGUUCUAUGUAGUAUUGUUUAUUUUAAAAAUUUUCAGUUUAUUAUUAUCGAUGUGUGUGUAGAAAAACAGUUGUGAACAGUUGCAAAGAGUAAUACCAAAGGUUACAUUAACGUGUAACUUUUAUGUAAUAAAACAUAUACCACCUACUCAUCGCCAUCACUUUAUCAAAGCAUAAUUAGCAUACAAAAAUGUAAAAUUAUUAUAUAAAUAAAUAUAAAACUUAAAAAAUUAAA